AUGAGCGCCGUGAUCGGGAUGGCGUCGUACAUGGCGAGGAGGGCGGCGCAGAAGGAGCGAGUGAGGAUCCUUUACCGGCGGGCCCUCAAGGACACCCUCAACUGGGCCGUCCAUCGCCACCUCUUCUACCAGGACGUAUGCCCCUUCCAUCUCUGAUUCAUCGAUUGUCUGUGUCUCCCGUUGUCUUCCGUUGUUCCCUUUUUCUCUGAGGAGAUUUUUUUUCAGAUCCUCUUGAAUCUGGCUUCCACCUUUCCCGACGUUGUCUGUAAUGGUGACCGCUGAAAUCACCAUUCCAGGCGUUUUCUCUUCUCAUUCCCUUUUCCGUCUCCCGUUCUACAUUUUCAUAGCCUAUUAGCUUUUAGAAAAAAAAAUCAUGCUUAAACUAACCUCGGGCUGAAAUGGUGAGGAGUGGACCAGCGGUACCUUCUAGUUCUCUGGUCAACCUGGCGUUGUUCCAUGCCAUCAUUGCCAUAAACUCUUGCAGGGAAGAAAUCCUACCUCUAGGAUGUCAUUGGGACGCUGCAAAGAGUACUUGCCGGACGUCGUUUGCCUGUCAUAAAUUGUCAACGAUUGAUUCUGUUGAACUUUUAUUUUCCAAAGCACUCCACUUCGAUGGUGAUAUAUUUUUUUCUCUUUUUUCUGUUCCCGCUCGAUAGAAGGUUGUUAUUACCUAAGUGCCAUCUUGUAGUGGCAACCGUUUCUGCAACAUUGGCUGCUAGUUAUCAGCAUAUUUUUUUAAUUAAGAAGAAUCCCUAGUGCUUCAAAUCUACGAUAUUUCUUCUAUUUUGGACAUAGUACAUUUAGUUUGGGACCCACAUGCUCGAUUGCUUUUUCAUGCAGACUGAUUUUUCCAUGUAAAAAUUCGUUGCUUUUUUUUUCCUGUAAGAUGUGGUGUCUGAUAUUGCACAAAUUUCCAGAUGUUUUGAUUCAAGGAAUGAGAUAUUAGGUUGCUUUUAUUUUUCUAUAUUCCUUCCACUGAAUUCUUCACGAACACUUUCGACUGUGUAUAGUCUGUAUAAUCGUGGGAAUAUAAAUAUGAUAAUAGAGAAACCAAAGUCUUAUUUAACUUCGAUAUUCCAAGUAAUAUCUUCAUUAUGUUCAUGUUUUUACAUCUUUUUUGCUUAUCUCUACCAUCCGUCUUUUUUAAUUCUCGUUAUUUCCUCUCUUGAUUGAUUUUAUGUUUAAGUUGAAAAUAUUGGAUCGAGGUUAACAAUUGUUUCCAUCCCCAUUAUAUGGUCAGGCAUCAGAAUUGAGAGAGAGAUUUGAGGCCAACAAGCACGUGGUAAAGUUUCGAUUUUACAUAUAAAGGCAUGAUUACAAGUUUCUGCUAUCAGAUUCAUCUUUUAGUAUUUGUGUGAAUCUUCUGUGUUCCAUAAUUUAUUCAGUAUUUGUUUGUCUUUCAUAGUUUUUGGGACAUGUUCAUAAGCUGCAAAAAUUAUGAUCAAUUUUUUUUCCACAGUACCACGACCACUCUCACUACUAAGGUUAAAUAUUCCAAAUAUUAUCAAAUAUUAGCUGGUUUUUCUAGAAAAAUUUCUGUGUUACGUUUAAGUUACACAACCACUCCCACAUUUAAGUUUCUGUGUUAGGGAAUAGGUCAUUGACCGCUUGGUUCAUCUGUGAACACUAAAAGCAAAUAUUGGCUCAUGCCAUGUGAAGUACAUGUGAAAGCAGAUAUUUUCCUACAAUGCGUGUGGUGGUACCUACAUUGUGAACUACAUUGUGGGUUUUUUUUAUGCUAUGUCCAUUAUUCUCUCCCUAUUUUUAAUUUGGUAUCUUUAUUAAGUAGCUGAAAUUUGGGCAUCACCAGACAAGCUCUUUUAAUUGGUCCAAAGUUUUUCUUGAAUAUUUUAGAAGGAAAAUGUCGGAUAUGCUGGUUGGUCCUCAUUAACGGUCUGUCUAAGGCUAGGAGAUUGGGUGGGAUAUGGUGAUUUUGGGGAGAAUAUCUUAAUUUCCUUGGGAGUUUCCUCGGGUAUUCUUGUAGUUGGAGGAAAAAGGGGUAUUCAACGAUGGUGCUUCAGCUAUUUAUGCAUAUUUAUAACUUGACUCGGAAAUAUUGUCACCUGGCGGAUUUUGUUGGAAGUGUCUGAUAAUGUAUAUGCAUUAGGUAGUUGUGACAAUCAGCUGAAUGUGCAAUUGGAUGGUUUAUGAUCAAGUAUCUAGUUUAUGCAUUAGAUAGUUUAUGAUCAAGUAUCUAGAGCUUCCUCCGUUAGAAGGAUCCUAUCAAUCUAGAGAUCGAAUAAUUUUGUACGACCACCAGAAAAUGUAGUGAAGUAAGACCAAAGGCAUUCUCAGAUUGAGAAAGAUGGGUCCUAGCCAUAACCGUUUCAAGCUUGUCAAUCCUUUUACUCUCACGUUUUAGAAUUCUAUGAACCCUAACAAAAGGACCUGAAACGAUUAAGUUUUCCAUUUAAUUGUAAGCGAGUUGUCAAGGAGACUAAGGGCUGCAUUUCCGACAGUAGGGUAUGUUCUGCAAAAGCUAAGAAGAAGGAAGAGUAAAUUAGUUGAGAUCAGCUGUUUCGAUAGAGCUCUAUCAGCAAAGUGGAUGGCAGAGGAAUAUGCCAUCUGAUCUAUAGAGCUUAUGGGGGCAAGAUAUACAGGAAUGGGAGCAAAUGGAGCAUAGUCCCAAAUUGUUCAUCAUUUAUUAACUUAAGUGGUUAGAUAUCUCUGAGGAGUUUGGUUUUGUUUUGGAGAACAGUUUGCCAGUUCAAACAUUUGCCAGUAAUUUUGAUAAUUUGUAUAAACCUUCCAUAGAGAAGGGUUGCACAAUACUUUGAGUGAUGUAGAGGGAGGAAGAUUGCUAUCACAAAUCACAAAAGAAGUCACACAUAGAGAAUAUAUACAUUCAUUUUGCAAGUCAUGCUUGAACUCUAUGUAGAAUGGUAGAAAAUGAAGUUGAGAUGUCAGGGGCCAAUUUUCAGUUAUCUUAUUUCCGAGGAAACUUUGUGAUAGGAUGCAAGAAUUUGUGAACAAUUUGGUGUUUGUGAAGCCUUUGCGAAUGAAAACAAGGUUUUUCUUUGUAAAAUAGUAAUGCGCUAUCGAGAAAUGAUCAAGGACAUCACGAUUCUAAUAAAAAAUGAAUAUCCUUAUAACCUCCGGUUGAAUGCAUAUGGAAUAAUUAAUUCAUACCGCCUUUCAUGGCUACAAGAUAAGAAUGUGAGUUGAGGGAUUUUUCUGAAGUUUGUGUUGUUUUUCUCUUUCAUGGUUUUUAUAAAAUUGGGCUAGCAGGCCCUAAUUCAUCUGGAAUUAAAUGCACGGACACCUUAGAUUUUUUACAUCAUAUAUAAUAUCAUCAUCAAUGAGCUUGGUUUGGGAUCAUCUUCAAGAAGAAAAUAAUAUACUUUCCGUGUGCAGCCCUUUGAGGUCCCUGGGACUAUGAGAUGACUGUUCACAAGCCUUAUUCGUUUGGAAAUACAUUCAUUUUCGAGAAAAAUCGUUUUUUAUGUCCGAAGCAUCUUAUUUGUGGUGCUUUUUUAAAGUGAUUUUGUUUUUGGGCUUAUUUAUAUUAUAGUCUAAAGUAAAAGUACGAUGUACUGAAACAGAAGAGGGGGAAGAAACACUGUGACACCGGUACCACCAUAAGAUGAAAAUAAAUCCAAAACUUUCCUCCGUCUGCACAGUAAUAAGUAAAAAUAAUAAGCCACAACAGCAAGUUUUUUCCUAUUUUUAAUCGUGAUCAUUCCAUCUUUUUGAUUGCUAAGUUAACUACUGCACAAUGUCAGUCAACAUUUCACACAUUUCAAGGGUCGUAACCAUGGAGGUUCAAAAGAAUUUAAUAGUCAAACUUCAGAAAAAGGGGGAAAAAUAAGAUUUUUUUUUGCACUGCUGUCAGCGCUUGUUCCUUUGGGAUCGUUUAGACGUCAGUUGACAUUUCCUUCUUUAACUGGCGAAAAAUGCAAGUAUAAACGUUUUAUUUACAUUUCCUGUUAUAUGAAAAUACUGAACGUUCUGCAGGAGGAUCUUGACACCAUUGACAGGCUUAUUGGUGAUGCUGAAGCAGCUUAUGAAAAAAUGCGACAUCCUGACCCAUACAUUGGUAAGUUUCACCUAAAGGCAUGCUAUAUCCAUCAUUUCUUUUAUUGCGGUAUACAUAGGAAGAAUUAGUUUCGUCUGUACAAUUUUUUUGGAGUUUACAUAAUUUUUUAAUUGAUCAUCACUUGUAGAAGUUAUGCACUUUAUAUUCUUGAUGCUCUUGAAUUUGUUACUUAAUGUUUCAUUGUUUACGUAUUUUGUAAUUGUUCAUUUGCAGUUCCUUGGGCGCCUGGUGGCUCGAAGUUUACAAGAAAUCCAGAACCACCAUCAGGGGUAAGAUUCUUUUCUUGGUUUAUUUUUUUCUAUUGCUUUUUGUCGCUGUGUUUUAAAAACUUAACUGAGUUGGAUCAAUAAGAAACGAAAACUGAACUCAAAACCCAGCUGAUUAGGGUUCUGGUCUGGUCUUCAAACCUGCUUACCCAGCUUCUUUAUUCUCCUCUCAAUCAACUUUCAUUAUGAACGAGAUGUAUAUGCGCCUUCUUCUUCGAAUGCAUUUUAUACUCUAUGCAUAAAAACGUUCGGACUUUCUGUCCGCCUACUUGAAAUUGGUUCAACAUCCCAUAUUAAUCAGUUUUGGGUUAGCUUAUCAGCUUGUAAUCCUAAAAUUUUGAUGUUCCAAGUCUUGGACAUGCAACUUAGAUGUUCUAGCGCCUAAAGGUCCACUCAUAUUCUAUACUUCAUCGUCCGGCGGCGGAAGUCAAUUCCGAUGUGGUAUAGAAGCCAUGAUUCUGCUCCAUUAGUAGUUCGUUGCAUAAAACGUCUCACGUUGCCUCUGUUUCUGACCUGAGGAGAGGGAAGAAAGGCCAUCCCACAGAAUUCAAUUCCAUGGAAACUGUGAAGAGAAACUCAGGGGACUCGAGCAGAUCAGCUUUAUAUUACUCCCUGUAAAUAAAAACAUCUCAUUAGCUAGAGAUCCCCCAUUCAUGUUGCUACAUUUAUUUAUCGGAAGCACUUUAUGAAAAGCAAGCUCUGGUGUGUUAUCUUCUAGGGUUCUAUCACCGGCGUUUUGAUGGCAUAUUUACAAUGCUCUGUGGGUAUUUUACGCUCGCAUCUUCUGACAAUCAGGCGCAGUUACUCCAUCCCAGGCUGCUAGAUUAUAAGAAAAGAAAAGAUAAAUAAAUAUAAAUUUCAUGCUUCCUUGGCCCCAACAUCAAGAUUUCCGUUUAUCUAUUGUUAUAGAUCUUUCUUCUUCUUGGCUCCCCAUUUACGCAUCACCCAUCUAGAUGGGUAGUAGUAGCCUUCUGGCCUCAGCUCCUGGACAGUAUGAACUAAUCCUGCAUUGACCGAUCAAUCCUGGCUUCCAUUUGUUAGUGAUGGAGUAGGCGGACAUAGUGGCAGGCAGGCUUUCAUAAGAGCGAGGGAAAACUGAGGAAAGGAGAAGAUCAUUAAAGCAUCCAACAGUCAACAGGGAAGGGCGAGAGGAGGAAACGACGGAGAAAAGGGUUGAUCUGGUGUACACUGGCCUUAGAUUUUUAGGCGCCCAGCAGGAGGAACAGGUGGUUGACUUUAGGAAACGACGGAGAAAAGGGUUGAUCUGGUGUACACUGGCCUUAGAUUUUUAGGCGCCCAGCAGGAGGAACAGGUGGUUGACUUUAGGGGGAAUCACUUUAAGAUUUGCUUUGCAGCUGGGAGCUGGGAAGAAGAUUGGAAAUAGUUGAAUGAAUGUAUCUCAUCAUUUAUUGCUGAAUCCACCUCAUAAUUGGCUGUCUUUAGAGGAGGCGCUUUAAGAUAUUUGCUUCACUGCUGGGAAAGAAGAUUGGGAAACAGUUAAUGAACAUCUCUCAUCAUUUAAUGCUGAUCCACCUCAGAUCUCCGAACUAAUGCUAAAUUUACUAUUUUGAGCGGGUUUGAGACUGUGCUCAUGAAGAAUUACGAAUUAAUUUACUAUUUACAGUGGCAUUUCUUUUUAAAAAGAUGCGAAGAGAAUCAGCAGAUUUUCAGUUUUUUAACCCCAUUUAAUUUAUGAAAUGUCCAGCAUUUAUGAUGGUGGUCUUUUCUAAUUUAUGAAUGAGUGAUCCUGAGAACCCGUUUCUUGGGUAAUUUCCUCUCUCUCUCUCUCUCUCUCUCUCUCUCUCUCUCUCUCUCUCUCUCUCUUGCAGAUAGAGAUUGCGUACGACUACGGAAAGGAGGACAAUGAGUGA